UAUAAAGUAAUGGUAGCUUCAAUUUGAACGCAAAGCCAUUACGUCCACAAUCGAGAGAACCAAUCGAAGACCCCAGAUGCGAGUACCAGAAAUUACAGCAACGUUAUACGUACUCUAAAGUUUCUCGCGGAGGAGGCCAGUAUUCCCCGGUGAAUGAAGUGUCGGUUAACACGAUCGAGUGUUAAAAGAUCUCACGAAGCCGAAGCGAAGACUGCGCACGCAGUCCGCGCGUGUAUUGCAACCACCCUUCCUUAGGUUCAGUUUACCCUUGCAGCACAGUUGAAACCCAAAGUUUCGCUCGUGCAGGAUCAGUCUCUCACUGGUCAGCGCAAAGAGACAAGAAAUGACACAUGUCAAAAGUCCGUAACCGCGCGAAACACUCGAAAACACCGGGAGCAACGUGUUCACCGUAACGAUGAACGUUUCGCGGCGAAACUACGGUAAGAUCGCGAAACGUUGUUUUCCUUGUUCCGGAUGCGAAUCUCUUCCUCAUUUCUAUGAAUGUAUACGUCAUUUUGUGAAGUAAUACCACGAAAACAGCUGGAACAAUGUACGGCAUGCUAUUGGAGAGUGUGCAGCACUUCGUGCAGUUAGAAUAUGGCGAAGAUAUGUGGGUUCAGGUUGUGGAAAAAGCUGAGUGUAAACAUAUCGUUUUCAAUACACGACAAAUAUAUCCUGACGAGCUUAUGACAAAUUUAGCUGCUGCAUUGGCGGCAUUAAAUGGCGAGUCCGUUGAUGAUGUGAUGCAAUUUUUUGGAAAAUGUUUCGUCAGGUUCUUUAGUAACUUAGGGUAUGCUUGCAUGAUAAAAACAACGGGUCGUUAUUUCUGCGACUUUUUACAAAGUGUCGAUAAUAUUCACAUGCAAAUGAGAUUUACAUACCCAAAAAUGAAGAGUCCUUCUAUGUACAUUACGCAUAUCGACGCAGAGGGUGUAGUGUUAGUGUAUCGAAGUACUAGAAAGGGUUUCACACAUUAUCUUAUGGGUCAACUAUUCCAAAUAGCAAAAGAAUUAUACGAAAUUGAUUUAGACAUAAAAGUACUAGGUAGUUCAAAUAAUAUACCUGGGUCCAGGAGUGUAAUGGUUAAAUUUAGAAUUAACUUUGACAAUAGCGAAUAUAUCGCAAAAAACAACAGAAUGAAAACCCCUUUAAGCCGCGAAUUACCACCAGUGUCGUGUACAUUUAUUUUACGACUUUUCCCGUUCGGAGUUGUGAUAAACAAAGACAUGAGAAUAUUGGGAGCUGGUGAUAAACUUCUACAAGCUUGGGGUGGCAGUUCACCCAUUCGCAAUAAACACAUCACUGAAAUAUUUAAACUGCGGAGGCCUAAAGGAAUAUCUUUUACUUGGGGAAAUGUAAUGUAUUUACAUUCAGUAAUGUUUGAACUAGAACUGAUAAGAUUGAACGAAGAUAUAUCACAAAAUUCAAACCUUACUGCAACUACAAGUUCUGGACUAGAUAGACGAGGGAGUCAAGGAGUUAGGAGUAUCUUGUUAAAAGGUCAAAUGAGAUACAUUGAUGACAUCAAGGCAAUCAUUUUCCUUUGUAGUCCCUUAAUUAACAGUCUAGACGAAUUACUCAAUAUGGGCCUCUACCUGAACGAUUUAAAUCCGCACGGCUUGAGUCGAGAGUUAGUUCUCGCUGGAUGGCAACAUUGUGGAAGAUUGGAAAUGAUGUUCGAACGAGCAGAACAGAGAUCAACUGAAUUAGAACACAGUUACGCGCUUCUGGAUCGAUGGAAGAACAAAAGCGAUGAACUCUUGUAUUCUAUGAUACCUCAAACGGUUGCCGACAGAUUGCGUGCUGGUGUUAGUCCUCUGAGCACAUGUGAGUCAUUUGAGUCCAUAACAGUUCUAUUUUGCGAACUGUGCGACUUUGAUUAUUCGACAAUUGAAGGUGCAAUGGACAUCGUUUCGUCAAUGAACGCUGUUUUCUCCUGUUUCGAUUCACUAAUGGACGAAUUUAAUGUAUACAAGGUGGAAACAGUUGGUCGAGUUUAUAUGGCUGCUAGCGGUGCACCUGACAGAACUGAACAUCAUGCACAAAAUAUUGCUGACUUUUCAUUGCAGUUAUUAAAACAUGUGCGAUCUCUUAAGUUACCUUCUGGUCUUGAUAUUCAAAUUCGUAUAGGUAUUCAUUCCGGACCAGCUGUAGCAGGUAUCGUUGGCAUCAAAGUACCUAGAUACUGUUUUUUCGGCGAUACUGUCAACACCGCUUCUAGGAUGCAAACAACUAGCUCACCGGGAAGAAUAAACAUUUCAGCAGACGCUAAAGCACUACUACCUCAAGAUCGCUAUCAAGUUCAAUCUCGUGGAUUAAUUUGGGUCAAGGGAAAAGGUAAUAUGGAAACGUAUUGGUUGUCCGAGAAAGAAGAAACAAAUAAUAAAUCAGUCGAAGAAGUUGUUCAACCUAAACGACUUCUGAUCACCGAUAUUUAAAGGUCUAACUAAACCAUUGAAUCUAGUAACUACUAGACAUUUUACCAGACUCUGAUAAAAUGUCGGACCAAAUGUAAAUUGACUUUGGGGGCCUCGUGCGUCGAAAUCGAGAAACUGCAGCGAUCCUUGUCUCUUUCGCGUUGCUCCGCACAGGAGAGACAAGGACAGCAACAAUUUCGCCAAUCCAAGAUUUCGAAGCGAAGUAGCAAUAUUUUCUUACGCUUUCUUUCGCAAAAUAUUCUUCGUACAAUUGUGCGGGCCGACACAGAGCCCGAUUUUGUGAUUCGGCUCUUGAAACUUGAUAAAAAUGAAAAUAUAUUUUUAUAACAUUUCGAGAGGCAAAUUGCAAAAGGCUCUGUGUCGACCUGCGUAAUUGUACGAAGAUUUUGAAAAAGAAAGCUCGAGAAAAUAUUACUUCUUCGUUUUGAGAUCUUAUGUCAAAGAAAUUGCUGUCCUUGCUUUUUAUUGUAGGAAAGAGGAGGAUUGCUGAAGUUUCUCAGUUUCCCCGGCAGAUGUCCCUAAUUCGGUGUACUAAAAUUUGAGCCAUGCAGGGGCCAAUGCGACCUUUUGAUCUCUUCUGUUAUUUUAGUGUCACAGUAUUCAAUUACAAAUAGAACAGAAAAGAAAGAAAAUAAAUAGCACUUGUGUGCUCCUAGUUUUGCAGUUUUUAAAAAUCUUCAUUUUGAAGAUUCAUCAAAAAGGAUUUCCAAGAUCUCAACAAAUGGAAACUUUCUCUUUCUGUUAACUAAAUAAUUCGUUAUAUUUAAUUUUUAUAAGUAGACUUUUUAACGAGCAAUCGCGAGUGUUAAAUGUAGCACAUUUUUCGUUGUAUAUAUGUAUUUCUUUAGUACUUGUGAGAGAAUCAGAUUCUCCCUUCACAAUUUGUUGUAGAUUAUUUAAAGACUUGUAUUUAUUGAUUUUUAAUUUUAAAUGACAUAGUCGACUGAAAUAAUUUUAUUAGGUAUAAAAUAUGCGUUGUAGA